AUUGCUGUUGAAGAUCUACACACUCCAAUAGGAAUUGUUUCUAGUGCUUUGAUUAGAACUAAAGAUAUUCAAAGUCUUCAAGUAGAAAUUGAAAUAGAAGAUGUCUGAUUUGGAAUUGUUUGUAUCUAUAGGACUUUCUGAAGCUAAAGCUAAGGAAACAUUAAAAAACAAAAAUUUAACUACCAAUUUGAAAAAUGUCAUUAGUGAAUUUUUAAUAACUAAUCAACCAUUGGCUAACUAUGGAACCUUAUUGUACCACUUAGCUUCCAAAUUAAAAACCCAGGAUUUUAAACAUUUGGAAUUAAUUAUUAAAUAUAUAUCAGAAAACAAAUUAGAUACUACUCAAAGAAUCGAUUGUAGUUUAGAGUUUUUACGUUCAUCAAUAUCUGAAAGUAUAGAUUUAUUAGCGUUGGAAAAAUCAUGUGGUGUUGGCAUUAUUGUUACUCCAGAAGAAAUAAAAGAAGUUGUUCAAUCCAUUAUAAAUGAAAACAAAAAUGAACUCUUGGAAAAAAGGUAUAAAUUUAAUAUUGGAAAUCUUAUGCAAGAAGUUAGAAAACAACUGACAUGGGCUGAUGGUAAAGCAAUAAAAAAUGAAGUUGACAAACAAAUUUUGGGAAUUUUAGGUGCUAAAACUGAAGGUGAUUUAGCUCCUGUUCAAAAACAGAAAAAAGUAAAAGAAAUCAAAGCAGUUGAAAAAAAAGUUCUUGUUUAUACACCAAUGUCCAUUGAAGAAGUAAUGACUAAAGUAGAUUUCCAUAAGCCAGGGGAAAAUUUUAAAACUGAUGGUUACGUUGUUACAAAAAAUACAGAGAUGUUAUUAGCAAAGCAUAUUAAAGAAACUGGUGGUAAAAUUAUUACUAGAUUCCCUCCAGAACCCAAUGGAAUUUUACACGUAGGUCAUGCAAAGGCUAUCAACAUUAAUUUUGGGUUCGCUAAAGCUUUUAAUGGUGAAUGUAUUCUUAGGUAUGACGAUACAAAUCCUGAGAAAGAAGAAGAAAAGUUUUUUUCUGGCAUCAAAGAUAUGGUAGAAUGGUUAGGAUAUAAACCCUGUAGAAUUACGCAUUCAUCAGAUUACUUUGAUCAGUUGUACAUUUGGGCUAUUUCCUUAACAAAAAAAGGUUUAGCCUAUGUGUGUCAUCAAAAACAGCAAGACAUGCAAGGAUUCAAUCCACCACCAUCUCCGUGGCGUAAUCGUCCAAUAGAAGAAAACUUAUCAUUACUGAAUGAUAUGAAAAAUGGAAUAUUUGAUGAGGGCGAAGCUACAUUAAGAAUGAAAGUCACACUUGAAGAAGGAAAACAAGAUCCAGUUGCUUAUCGCAUAAAAUUUUUGCCUCACCAUCGUACCAAAGACAAAUGGUGUAUAUAUCCUACCUAUGAUUAUACACAUUGCCUUUGUGAUUCUAUUGAAAAUAUCACUCAUUCUCUAUGCACUAAAGAGUUUCAGAAUCGCAGAUCUACAUAUUAUUGGCUCUGCAAUUCCCUAGAUCUUUAUUGUCCUGUACAAUGGGAGUAUGGUAGACUCAAUAUGAACUACACAGUGGUAUCUAAACGAAAAAUUGGCAAAUUAAUUGAAAACAAAAUUGUUAGUGAUUGGGAUGAUCCAAGACUAUUUACUUUAACUGCACUGCGACGUAGAGGUUUUCCUGCAAAGUCUAUUAAUUCAUUUUGUGCUCGUAUGGGUGUAACUGGUGCUCAAGCUAUAGUUGAUCCUCAAAUGUUGGAAUCAGAAGUUCAAGAUUAUUUGAAUCUUACAGCUUCCAGAACCAUGGUAGCAUUAGAGCCUUUAAAAAUUAUAAUUACUAAUUUUGAAAGCUUGAAUAAGGAAAACUCGUUAAGUGUUCCUGAUUUUCCUAGUGAUCCAGAUAGAGGCUGGCACGAUAUUGCGUUUUCAUCAGUGUUGUACAUUGAAUCCAGUGAUUUUAGCCUGAAUGCAGAUAAAGAUUAUCGUCGCCUAACAGUUGAUCAACCAGUUGGUUUACGAUAUGCAGGAAUUGUAAUCAAAGUAGUUAAAGUAAAAACUGUUGGGACAACAAUAGAAGAAAUUCAUGUUGAGGCAGCAGAUGUCAAAACAGCACCAAAACCAAAAGCAUUUAUUCAUUGGGUUUCAAAUCCAAUUGAGAUAGAAGUAAGAUUAUAUGACCGUUUAUUUAUGCAUAAAAAUCCAGAAGAUGUCAAUCAAGUGCCAGAUGGUUAUCUUAGUGAUAUCAAUCCAAAUUCAUUAAGAAUAGUCAAUGCUUAUGCUGAUAAAAUGAUAUUGAAAUCACCUGUGCUAACAAAUUAUCAAUUUGAAAGGUUAGGAUAUUUUUGUGUCGAUUUUGAUUCUAAUGAUACUAAAUUAGUGUUUAAUAGAACAAUUUCAUUGAAAGAUGGUUCUUCUAAAUGAUUUUGUUGUUAAUUCAGUUUGAAAUAAAUCUAUAUUUGGUCAA